CGACAUUCAUUCAUUAAAACAUCGGCCACCGAUCAAGAGUAAUUCACUUCAGUUCAGAAAGCAUAAAUCGCGUCCAACUCGUUGCCUGGAUAUUUGACGUCGUCUAGCAAACCAACUAACCAUCUGAGAAAGUGAACUUUAUACUUUGAUUUUUUUUGCACAACAGUGGCGUUAAAUCAUAAAAAGAAACAAAUUAAACAAAUAAUAACAAUUAUAAAAAAGAAUAAUAACAACAAUAAAAAUUAAUAACAAAUUAUGGGAAUUAUUGUGAUUAUAUGACCAUUUAAUUAAUUUACUACACGGUUAUAAAUAUGUGUGUUUGAGUGUCUUUUCAAAAAAAAAAAAAAAAAUAGACACAUAAAUUGAAACAUAAUAACGCAGUUUAAAAAAAAAAACUAAUAAAAACCACUUGAAUUCAAAGUGAUAAAGAAUACCAAAUACAAAAAUUAUAUAUAUGAAAAAAGUGCAAGUUUAGUGGGGUCCUGACCUGAUUUUUUUGAAACGGAUUUAACGGAUUUAUAUUUCUUGGAAUUGAGAAAAACCACUUGAAUGUUGAGAGCUAUGAAUAAAAAUUAAUUUGCAGAUUACGUCCAUGAUUAACCCGAAGACAAUGCAGUAACGUAAAAGAAAGAAAUCCAAAAAAGGAAACUUUCAAACAACAACUAACCCAUCACAAAAUCAAUAUUCAACAAUCAAAGAAAAAAGCAAAAAACUCUAUGUUUUGUAAAAUAUCAAGGACUAAAGAACGAUUUUUAAUGCUUCCUAAGAGAUAGUAUCUAAAGUGUCAAAUUAUAAAAACUAGCAUUGCACCAACUUAGAUAGCGAAAUAAAAUAGAAAAACAAUUCAAAUUCAAACAACUCGAAAAUUCUCCAAUAUUUGUGAAAACAACUGCCAAUAAUCUUCUAGGUCUUCUAAUAAAUAAUAAAACAACAAAGAAAUUCAAUAAAAUGGCUAAAUAUUUUAUAGCAUUUGUGUUGCUGGCUUUUUUGGCCAUGGAAAAUAAUAACAUUUACAAUCGCCUUCAUGCCAAGUCUCAGCCUAGUGGAGGUUCGAACGCUGUAACACAUUUUAUGCGUCAACAUCAUCAGUAUCGUAAUCACGUCCAGGGUGCACAAAAUCAUCAUCCCACCCACGACCAGCAUCAGACCCAUCAUGCCCGCAAACAUGUCAAGCAACAUCAACACCACAACAUAGGCAGCAGUGAAGAGGAAGAGAGUUCCAGGCGUUACGAACAACGUUUUAAACGCCACAUGCAACUGCAGAUCGAACAUCGUCGCCAAAUUGAAAACAGUUUACAGCAAAGGACAGUUUUUCGUGAAAAUGCACCGAAAAAUAUACCACGCUUGUGGCAACAUUUGUCCAUGGUGUAUGAUGACUAUAGCAGCAGCAGUGAGGAGCGUAUGUUUGGUGAUGCACCCGCAAAAAACAGUGUUGAAUAUGAAUAUCCUGAUGUCCCCGUCCGUGCGGAGGAAGAUAAUGAGGAUGAUGAAAAGCCAAAGAAAAGUGCAAAUCAUAACAGUGAAUCCAAUGGUAAAUCAGUUGACAUCCAUUGUCCAAAAUGUGAAAAUAGUCAUAAAAACGAGGAGGAAGAGGAACUUGUUACGGAGGAGGAGCUAACACGCUUACGCAUUGAGUUUGUUAAGCAGCAGAUCUUGGAUAAAUUAAGACUCAAAGAAAGGCCACAUGUGCCGGCGGUAAAUUUGCCCAAACCGAUUCUGGAGGGUAGAACAAUACAGCAAGAAGAUGAGGAAUCAUCGAAAAAGGAUUUAGAUGAUUAUUAUGCGCGUACAAGUAAAAAAGUCAUAUUCUUAGAUGUUGAACAAGAAUUAUGCAAUAAAUUGGAUGCGCAACCAUCUAUGUGUUUUUCCUUUAAACUGGAUGAUGCCGAUGCAGAUAGCUAUGAUGUUAGCACAGCCGUUUUAUGGUUAUUUAAGACAAGACAUCCAUUUUCGACCAACAACCGCAACAUAACAUCGGAAAAUCAGCAGAAAAUUGUAGUGUCAGAAGUACAACAAGAUACCACCACGAAUCGGAUACCAUCCGUGAAAACAAUAGCCGUUCAGUCCAUUGAUGUUCAAGAUGAAUGGAUGAAAAUCGACAUAGAAUGGCCCAUAAAACGUUGGUAUGGCAAACAUGAUCUCAGCCAUUUAAUACAAAUCACAUGCCAGUCAUGUGAUAUGGCCGCUAUGGAGCAUAUAAUUUCCACGGAUAUGGAUUAUCGACCCUUCAUCAUUGUCAAUACGCAGAGUCGGCGAAGGCAGACGCGCCAAAAGCGUACCAUCAAUUGUACGCACGGCGUCACAGAAUGUUGUCGGGAGAAGUUGUAUAUAUCAUUCGAAGAGAUUGGCUGGAGUGAUUGGAUUAUUGAGCCAAAGGGCUAUGAUGCAUAUUUUUGUCGAGGCUCUUGCAAUAGAUUAGCCAGUGUGGCGAGUUCAUCAUCACUGCACAGUUCAUUUGUACAGAAAGUGCUAAACAAACCUGGCCAUAGAAACCGGAAUCUUGAGCUGGUUCCUUGUUGUACAGCCAAAACCUACUCGUCACUACAGUUAUUGUAUUUGGAAAAUAACUCCACGGGAAUUGUGAAAAAAUUUCCCAAUAUGAUUGUUGAAUCCUGUGGUUGCAGAUAGUAAUAACUUACCGAUAAAAAUAAAUCCGUCUUCCUCCGUCCCUUCACACCAGAACCAGAAGCCAUUUGCAUAAUUACUUUGUUUUCAUUCCUUUCACACGCCCACACCACAAAAAUAUCAAAAACAAUAUCGAACAAAAUUAUCUCCACUUUACAAAUGUACAAUAUCAUUUAUUUAUAAUUUAUAUCAUCCAUCCACGCAUGCCCACACCAAAAAGUUUCCAUAAUUCGAACACUGCCUUUUUGACUUUAAGAAUGCAAAAUUUGCUAUGUAUGGUUUUCAUUAUAAGAUACAAUAUAGAAAAAUUUCCAAAUCGUAACUGCUAAUAUAUGUUUUAGGUUUUGAAUCGUGUUGUGAAAUUAAAUCAUCAAAGAAAGAAACUAAAGGUUAUUUUUUGAAUUUUCCUCUAUGGAACUACAUUUGUUUAUUAUUUUUGCACCUUUGGUAACUAAAUAAGUAUAUUUUAAUUAUUUAUGCUAAGACAAAAUUUUAUAAAUGUAGUUCACAUUUUGGGUAAAAUUCCAAUAAUUGGAAACUAUGAAAAUUAAGUGCUUUCUUUUUUCCAUAAAAAAUCUUAUAAUGUUAAAUCAUAUAAUUCUUAAGGUUUUUUUUAGGUUAGAAGAUUAAAUUCCAUUUGCAACAUGUCCAAUCAAAGCAAUUUAAUAAACAAUUCAUAAUUAAAGUUUAUCGACAAAAUUGUAAUAAUUAAACUUAAAUGAUCUGUAAAGAAGCUAUAAGGACAUGUUCAUAAGGUGGAUCAAUGUCCUCGCUUAGUUUUAAAUAAGCAAGCAUAACAAAAAACCCCCAUUUUUAUAGAUUUCGUAUUUAAGUUAUUUUGUACUUAAGUGUUAUCAUUUGUUUCCAUGUAAACUAUUCUGUAAAUUAUUCAAAUAAAAUUUAUUCUACAUAGGCCAUUAUUUAUAUUAUGUAACAUAAUAAUUGUUGUAAAUAAUAGUGUGAUAUUUUUUUUCUGUAUUUAUAUGUAUGUACAUAUUUUGUAAAUAAUUGUAAGUAGAUAAUUUUAUAACAAUAUUUUCUUAAGUUAUAUUAAGGAGAUUUGAAUAAAGAAGAAGAAAAAAUAAAACUGAACUCAAUGAUAAUUUAAUAAA